ACCUCUAAACACUAGUUGUUCUUUUUGACAAAUGGAAACCAGCAAGAAACAGAAGAAGAAGAAGUGGUUUCUGCCACUUGUCUUCUCUCUACUCAUAUCAACCUUGCUCAUACUGGUUUCCAUUUUCAUUUCCUCCAAGUCUUCUUCCCAACUGUAUGGAAUCCCAUUGAUUAAGGAGAUACCCUAUUUCGUUGAAUCCAAGCUGAGGGUGUCUCCCACAUCCACCAACACCGUUCCAAGGAUCGUGUACUUGAUCUCGGGUUCAGUGGGUGAUGGGGAGAGUUUGAAAAGGACCCUCAAGGCCCUCUACCACCCAAGGAACCAUUACGUAGUGCACUUGGACCUUGAGGCCUCGGCGCAUGAGAGAUUGGACCUCGCCAAUUUCGUGAGGAACGAACCUCUCUUUGCCAAAUUGGGUAAUGUUAGGAUGCUGGUUAAGGCCAACUUGGUCACUUACAGAGGACCCACCAUGGUCACCAAUACCCUUCACGCUGCUGCCAUUUUAUUGAAGGAAGCUGGGGACUGGGAUUGGUUAAUCAACUUGAGUGCUUCCGAUUAUCCAUUGGUAACCCAAGAUGAUCUGCUGCAUACACUUUCGUCUAUUCCAAGAGACCUGAACUUCAUUGAACAUACCAGUGAUAUUGGGUGGAAGGAGCACCAGAGGGCAAAGCCUGUUAUAGUUGACCCAGGUCUUCAUAGCGAGCAUAAAUCUGACGUAUUUUGGGUGACGGAGAAAAGAAAUGUGCCCACCGCAUACAAGCUGUUUACAGGUUCUGCCUGGAUGAUGCUCUCUCGCCCAUUUACUGAAUACUGUCUGUGGGGUUGGGAUAACUUACCUAGAAUAGUCUUGAUGUAUUAUGCCAACUUUCUGUCUUCACCUGAAGGGUAUUUUCAUACGGUAAUCUGCAAUGCCGAGGAGUUUCGUAACACUACUGUGAACCAUGACCUCCACUUCAUAUCAUGGGACAACCCUCCAAAACAACAUCCACAUUUCCUUACAGUUAAUGACUACCAGAGAAUGGUGGACAGCAAUGCUCCUUUUGCUAGGAAAUUUGGGAGGAAUGAACCAGUCUUGGAUAAGAUUGAUUCUGAACUCUUGAAACGAAAUGCAGAUGGUUAUGUGCCUGGCAGGUGGUUCAGUCAGGCAAAUUUAAACACCACUAAACAGUAUUCUCUCAUAAGAAAUAAUACUGAACUUAGACCUGGCCCUGGCGCUGAAAGGCUUAAACGCCUCAUCAAUGGCUUACUAUCAGAUGAUAAUUUCCAGGCAAAUCAGUGUUAUUGACACCUGAUUUGAAACAACUACAAUGCUCAAUUGCUCAUUGCUGCUUUUCCAUCAUACAACAGCUGAGAGGCAAACAAUUCCCUUUCCUCAGUUGAUACCUGAGGUUGCUACAAGAUCAAACAUGAAAGAUGAGAAAACAGAAAUUGCCACUUUUAACUUACAAAUUUCCACAAAAAUUUGUAACGGGAGCCCGACUUUGUAGUCAAAAUGUAUCAGCCAGUUCACAUGACUUAUUAAAUUUUACUGGAUGACAAGUCAACGAUGCAAUUGUUGUACUCCGCAAAUAUGAGAGUUAAUUAUAUAAUACAUGGGUUAAGAUGCCUGUUAGGCUGGAACUGAAACAAACCAGUGUAAAAUACUCUCCAAAUUCUUUAAGCAAGGGCAUUGUUUAGUGGCUGCAGUAUAACCUUUAUUUUCUUUCCUUUCCUUCGUUCUGUUUUUUUUUUUUUUUUUUUUUCUCUCGUGGAGCUACUGUUCUUAUUCUAAAGCAUGUUAGAAGAUAAUUGGGCAGCAAACA